AUGCUAGCGCAAUUGGCUAUCGUCGCAUACAUUGUAACAUUGGUUUCAGUCGAGAAAGUCUCUGCGUUAAAGUGUUAUUCUUGUGCUAUAUGUUCAAGUCCUUUAAACCCAAAAACUGAAACGGUUUCUGGUUGUACAGCCUGUUCGACUACAAAGGGUUACGUGGCUGGGACCGUAACCUUACUCACCAGAAGUUGCGAAACUACGUGCACCCCGACCGACACGCUUGUCCUCGGAACUGGGUUGGUCAGAACAUGCUGCCAGACAGACUUGUGUAACACUGACGCAGCAGCUUCCUUAACGCCUUGGAAAGGAGUCAUCUGUGUUUUGCUAGCUUCCAUUGGAAGAUAUUUUCUUGCUACUUGACUGGUGAUUGAACUUCCAAAAGUAUUUUCCAUCGACGCACUUGCUUUACUCAAAUAUUUGUGUUCAUCAGAAUUAUAUACAAGAAAUAAAUACAUUCAAAC